AUGGAAUCUUCAAUUCAGACUCAUUAUAUAUCAAGCCUAUUUUCAAUUUUUAUUUAUUUAGGUAUCUUUAUAAUAAUGAAGUCAAGAUUCACUGAAGAAAUAGGUCAGGAUUCUAAAAAUUCUACUUUCGAAGACAUCGAAAUAAUCCGCAACUUCAGCCCUAAAUCAAAGAAAAAUUCAAAUCAAGAUCAGCCAGACACAAAAAUUGUGUAUUCCCCACUUAUGGAUGAGCUAAAACAAUCAACCCCGAUAUCUGUUAAUUUAAGUGUAGAAAACCAAGAUAAAAAUGGCGAGUGACUCUGAUCUGUUUAGUGACGGCUACCUAUGUGUAUGUGUGGCAUGAUUUUUGGAGUCAUUGAUUGACCCAGCAAUAUCAGAGAUAAGGGAAAAGACCCAAGAGAAUUCUGCUAAUUAUUGAUCUGAUCCAACGUGCAGUAGCUCGUUAUUUCUUUUUGCUAGCAGCACACAAGCCAGUAUGCAACCAAAAUGGAGCAGGACGAUUGUCUGCUCAAACUGCUGUGGCGGUUUACCCUGAAUUGUAGAGAUAGAUAAAACUUAUAAGGCGGCCACUCUAGCAAGGGCUACAAAAGGAAUAAUUUUGCCUAGGGAUGAUGAGCAGAGUGGAGCAAUCAGACGAGCGAAAGGGUGAAUUAGAAAUGGUUUUGCCUGGAAAAGUUCAUCCCCUAAAGGUUUUAUCCAGAAAUUGUUGUAGACUCAAGGCAUUACUACAGCUGAGAAACCAAAGGUUUCUGCCUGUGCUCAGAGUUGCCAGAUGUGAAAGCUAUCUAACUCCCCCCCUCGAAGUUCGACCAAGAUUUUUUUGGUCGAACUUCGAGGGGGGUUAAGAAAAAUUUUUUUAAAAAAAAUUAUAUAGAAUUUUUUUUAUAUAAUUUAGUAGUUAAAAAAAAAAAUAUUUAUCAUAUUCUUCUGUAUGAUUUGAGAAGGUGUAAGGGUUAGAAAAAAUAGUGCAAGAUGGUUUUGUAACGUUUUUUUAGAACUUGAAUACAAAAAUCGCAAGCUCACUCCCAUAUAGUUUAAAUUUUUUGAAAAAUUGCUUAUUUUCCUAGUAAAUUUAUAUAGGUCUUGGUCGAACUUUGAGGGGGUUUAAUUUUCCAAAAAAAAUAGGAAUUUUCCCUAUAUCUUGGUCGAACUUCGAGGGGGGGGGAGUAAGUGUAGAAAACCUUGAACAACCCCAAAGAGUCCCAAAUAAUUCAAUUUUUUGCCGAAUUUGCUUGGACUCCUCAAAUUCUAAAGACUUAAUUGUUCCAUGCUCAUGUAAAGAAAAAUCAAAAUUUGUUCAUAAGAAAUGCAUAAAGAAAUGGCUUGCCGAUAACUCCAAGGAUAAUAUAAUUGAAAAAAGCUGCAAAAUCUGCAACCAAAAUUUAUCCAUAAAAUAUAUAUCCUUUUAUAUAAAUGCUUAUAAAAAUUCCAAAGCCACAAUCCCAAAAAUAUUAUUAUAGCCUUUAAUUUUAUUUAAAUAUAAAGCCAUAAAUACUCUCACACGCUAAGCUUAAAUUUCGGAGAAGAAAAUAAAGUAUGGUCACCUAUAAUUGGGUGCUGUAUAUUAAUUGGUGUUUUAAUAUGAGGAAUAAUUAAAGAAUCCCAGUCUGCUGAUAUCGCAAAAGACGUUAUUGUGGAUUUAUUGAUUUCCAUUUUAGCUAUUUUUGUGCUAAUUUUUAUAGUAAUGGCUUGAUGUUUACUAAAAGAAAGAUGCUGGACAAAGGUUUUUGAAUGGGAAAUUCAGAAUAAAAGUCCUCAAAAUUCUCCUGAUAAUAAAAUAACUGUCUAA